AUGGGAUAUUUUGAUCAACCAUUAGAGCAUAAAUGUAUUUAUUCCCGUUGGAUGGGUAAUUGGAAAGUUUGCUUUGAUGAGACUAGUGCACCACGUAAAUCUUGUUUGGUUUACUCAUUCGGGAUAGCAAAUGAUUUUAGUUUUGAUGAAGCAAUGGAAGCAGAAGGUUGCAUGGUCUAUUCAUUUGACCCGAGCAUGGGAGUAGAAGACCACAAACAUAGUGUAAAUGUAUAUUUUAAAAAUCUGGGGCUGGGCAGUCAUGAUAUGGAUAACUUUUCACCAAGAAGUGACGAAUACGUUUCAUAUUCUCAGAAAUGGAAAAUAAGAACUUUAAAAUCAAUCCUCAUAAUGCUAGGACACGAAAAGCGCUUCAUCGAUGUACUGAAGUUUGAUGUUGAGGGAUAUGAAUGGGAGAUUAUGCUGAACUUAAUGAAAGACGGGCUUCUACCACAAAUUGGUCAAAUUCUUACAGAAUGGCAUAUAUUUCCAGAUCUACCACCCAGAGAAAUGUUCUUCCUAUAG